CUAAUACGUACCAUGGGCUGAUAAACCAAGGAUCUACAUGUUACUUGAACAGUGUGCUGCAGGUGCUGUUCAUGACUGAAGACUUCAGAGAUGCUGUGACAAGGAACUCUAAAGAAAAUCCUCACACUGAGUUUCUUGAUCAUCAUCUGAAAGCCUUAUUUGAUGACUUACAUAACUAUACAGCAAACACAUAUAAAAUAACACAGAAGCUGGGCAUCGACAACGUGUAUGAACAGCGUGAUGCUGCAGAGUACUUUGAGAGGGUUUUAAGAAUGACCAGCACUGAUGCAUCAAAGAUCUUCCACGGUCAGUUAGCAAACAAGACCACCUGUUCUAAAGGACAUAUACAGACUGACGGAGAUGCACCGUUUUGGCAUCUUCCUCUUUCACUGGUGGAUUACUGCAGUAAAGACUACAGUGUG